CACCAGAAUCACAAACAUGACAGUACACAACACAACACAACAGCCUCUCAUACUUUCUUCUUCAGCAAUGGUCAUCACUACCCUGUCUUUCAGAUACAUGGGCCCCACUUGCAUGUGCAUUACUCUCCGAGUUCUCCCCAUUCUUCUCACUCUUAUUCGUAACUAACCAAAACUCUUUCUUCACCAUUUUCCAUCACCACCUUCUUCUCCUCUUUUUUCUCUCUUCAACAACAAAACAUGAACAUGAACAAAAACAUCAUCGUACACCCUUUAACUUUCUUUACCUUAUUCUUUUCCAUUAUCACUUUCACUCACUCCCAAACCAACGAUGCUUCCAUCAUGCAAACCCUAAAAAACAACCUUAAACCGCCUCUUUCGCUUGGUUGGUCCGACCCGGAUCCAUGUAAAUGGACCCACGUUUCUUGUUCCGACGACAACCGUGUAACGAGAAUCCAAAUCGGUCGCCAGAAUCUCCAUGGCACACUUCCUCAAACCCUUCAAAACCUUACCAACUUACAACACCUAGAGCUUCAAUUCAACAACUUCACAGGUCCACUUCCAAGCUUAAACGGUUUAAACUCUCUUCAAGUUUUCAUGGCGAGUGGUAACAGUUUUUCAUCGUUUCCUAGUGAUUUUUUUGCUGGUAUGUCUCAGCUUGUUUCUGUUGAGAUUGAUGAUAACCCUUUUGAGCCAUGGGAGAUUCCUGUGUCUUUGAAAGAUGCUUCUUCUCUUCAGAAUUUUUCUGCUAAUAAUGCUAAUGUGAAGGGUAAGUUACCUGAUUUUUUUAGUGAUGAGGUUUUUCCUGGUUUGACCCUUUUGCAUUUAGCUUUUAAUAAACUUGAAGGUGUGUUGCCAAAGGGGUUUAAUGGAUUAAAGGUUGAGUCUUUGUGGUUGAAUGGUCAGAAGAGUGAUGUUAAGCUUAGUGGGUCAGUUCAGGUUUUGCAGAAUAUGACUUCUUUAACUGAGGUUUGGUUGCAGUCUAAUGGGUUUAAUGGUCCUUUGCCUGAUUUAGGAGGAUUGAAAAAUUUGGAAGUUUUGAGUUUAAGGGAUAAUUCUUUUACUGGUGUUGUUCCUAGUUCGUUGGUUGGAUUUAAAUCACUUAAAGUUGUGAACUUGACUAAUAACAAGUUUCAAGGUCCGGUACCGGUUUUUGGUGCUGGUGUUAAGGUUGAUAAUAUUAAGGAUUCUAAUAGCUUUUGUUUGCCUAGUCCUGGUGAUUGUGAUCCUAGGGUGAAUGUUCUUCUUUCGGUUGUUGGGGGUAUGGGUUAUCCUUUAAGGUUUGCUGAGAGUUGGAAGGGGAAUGAUCCUUGUGCUGAUUGGAUUGGGAUUACUUGUAGUAAUGGGAACAUUAGUGUUGUUAAUUUUCAAAAGUUGGGUCUUACUGGUGUGAUAUCUCCAGAUUUUGCUAAGCUUAAAUCGCUGCAAAGACUUAUUCUUUCUGAUAAUAAUCUCACUGGUUUGAUUCCGAACGAGCUUACUACUUUGCCUAUGCUAACUCAAUUGAAUGUUUCUAACAAUCAUCUCUUUGGGAAAGUACCGAGUUUUAGGAGCAAUGUGAUUGUGAUUACUAGUGGGAACAUUGAUAUAGGGAAGGAUAAAAGCAGCUUGUCACCUUCGGUGUCUCCUAAUGGUACCAAUGCAAGUGGUGGAAAUGGUGGGAGUUCGGAAAAUGGCGACAGAAAGUCUUCUUCACAUGUGGGCUUGAUUGUGUUAGCUGUGAUUGGUACUGUUUUUGUGGCAUCUUUGAUUGGUCUCUUGGUUUUCUGUUUGUUUAGGAUGAGGCAAAAGAAGUUAAGCAGGGUGCAGAGUCCAAAUGCAUUAGUUAUUCACCCUCGGCAUUCUGGAUCAGAUAAUGAAAGUGUGAAGAUAACGGUUGCAGGUUCGAGUGUAAGUGUUGGAGGUGUGAGUGAAGCUCACACCGUACCCAACAGUGAGAUGGGAGAUAUUCAAAUGGUUGAAGCGGGAAACAUGGUAAUUUCAAUACAGGUUCUAAGGAGCGUCACGAACAACUUCAGCGAGAAAAAUAUAUUGGGGCAAGGAGGUUUUGGAACAGUUUAUAAAGGCGAACUCCAUGAUGGUACGAGAAUCGCAGUGAAAAGAAUGAUGUGUGGGGCAAUAGUUGGGAAGGGUGCAGCAGAAUUUCAGUCUGAAAUUGCUGUUUUGACAAAGGUUCGUCACCGGCAUCUUGUUGCUCUUCUUGGUUACUGCUUGGAUGGGAAUGAAAAGCUUCUUGUUUAUGAGUACAUGCCUCAGGGGACCCUAAGUAGGUAUAUUUUUAAUUGGCCAGAGGAAGGACUCGAACCACUCGGGUGGAAUAAGAGAUUGGUCAUCGCCUUAGAUGUUGCAAGGGGUGUUGAGUACCUACAUAGCUUGGCUCAUCAAAGCUUCAUACACAGAGACUUGAAACCUUCAAAUAUUCUCCUUGGAGAUGAUAUGAGGGCAAAGGUCGCAGAUUUUGGUCUCGUGCGUCUUGCUCCAGAAGGGAAAGCUUCAAUUGAAACAAGAAUUGCAGGAACUUUCGGAUAUUUGGCACCAGAAUAUGCAGUUACCGGCCGUGUGACAACUAAAGUUGAUGUGUUUAGCUUUGGUGUAAUAUUGAUGGAGCUUAUAACCGGAAGAAAAGCACUUGACGACAGCCAACCAGAGGACAGCAUGCACCUUGUAGCAUGGUUCCGAAGAAUGUACUUAGAUAAGGACACAUUCCGCAAGGCCAUUGACCCUACAAUUGAUAUCAAUGAAGAAACACUUGCUAGUAUUCACACUGUAGCUGAAUUAGCUGGUCAUUGCAGUGCGAGGGAGCCAUAUCAAAGGCCUGACAUGGGUCAUGCGGUCAAUGUGCUUUCUUCUCUUGUCGAACAAUGGAAGCCAUCUGAUACGAAUGCUGAAGACAUAUAUGGUAUUGACCUUGACUUAUCUUUACCACAAGCACUCAAGAAAUGGCAGGCUUAUGAAGGUGCAAGUCAACUUGACUCAUCUUCAUCUUCGCUUCUUCCAAGUUUGGAUAACACACAAACAAGUAUACCUAAUCGCCCGUAUGGAUUUGCCGAUUCUUUUACAUCAGCGGAUGGUAGAUGAUCAUGCUUGGUUUUGUACAUAAUUGUAAGGUGGUUUCGUUUGUGUGUAUGUUGAUUCUAAUGGCUUGUUGUGCUGUCUUUACAUUUGUGAACUUGUUUAUCUUUUUUAAUGGUGUAGUUUUCUUCCAUGAUUAAUCUUAUACUCUUUAUGUAACACUUGUUAAGGAGUUUUGCUGACUAACUGAGAAGAGAUUCUCAGCUUGAGAUUUGUUUCAUAUUUUUCCCCUUUUAGUUAAUUUUGAUAUGUUCCACUAGUUUGAUUAA